AUGUCCGUCUCCCUUCGCGUCCCCGCCGCGGUCGCUCGCGCGUCACCGCGCUCGGCCCGCGCGCGCGUCGGUCGUAGACGAUCUUCCCACCCCGCGCGAUCGUCCGCGACGAGCGGGACGUCGUCGACGGCGACGACGGAGGAUGGAAAACCCGCCCCGCCCGAGCUCGCGUCCGAGAUUGGCGUGGAUUACGAACCGUUCAGAGCCUUGCUCGAGGCGGGGGAGUGGGAAAAAGCUGAUGACGAACACCGGCGGUUGAUGUGCGUCUUGGCGGGCGAAGAGGCGGAGGAUCGCGAGUGGGUGUACUUCACCGAGGUGGAUAACAUGCCGGUGACGGAUUUGCGCACCAUCGACGCGCUUUGGAAGUACUACAGUAACGGAAGAUUCGGUUUCAGCGUGCAGCGGAAGAUUUGGAUCGGACAGAAGAGACAGUGGGCGAAGUUCUUCAAGAAGAUUGACUGGACGACGGGUGAAAACGGAGAUUACAGGAAGUUUCCGCAAGAAUUUCAAUGGCGCGCGGACGCGGCGCAGGGACACAUGCCGCUCACGAACGCGCUUCGAGGGACGCAGCUCCUCGCGGCGUUGCUCGAACACCCGGCGUUUGGCCCGGGUUUGCCGGAACGCACGAGUGAGGGCUCGUUCUACGAGGGCACGGCGUCGCGCGAGACCCCGGUGCGCUUUGAGAUGCCAACCGUCGGCGGCGUCCUCGACGUCGCCGUUCGAUUCGGCAAGUUUGGCGUCCUCUUCGCGCAAGAACUGAUGAAGUAA